CACAUUCGCCGAUCUACUUUUGAUCGAAAGAGUUCUUCACCAAUCAUCUUGCUGUACGAUUGCGAUCAAAAUGUUUCGUUUUUUUCCUCUGAUUUAUUUUCUAACUUUGGUUCUGACGGAAACUUUUUCCAGCGAACUUAACACUAAUAUCUGGGCCGUAAAAAUGAGUGGCGGUCGACAAGAAGUCGAGAAGUUAGCCCUAAAGUACGACCUCUCUUAUGACAAACAUCUCUUUGAUGACUAUCAUACUAUAAAAAGUGUGAAAAAGUCUGGGAAGACCUUGCUAUCAUCAGAAAUUGACAGCAUUUUACGUUCUGAACGAAAGGUUGAAUGGUUUAUGCGUCAGAAAAAGAAAAAGUAUAAACUUUUACAGAUAGACCCAGAACUUCGUGAGAUGUGGUAUAUUAAAAGACCUGAGGGAUCUAAUGAACCAACACUCAAUGUCAUUUCUUCUUGGAAGUCUGGCUAUACAGGAAAAGGAAUUGUGGUGGGAGUUGUUGAUGAUGGAGUUGAUGGCAGUCAUCAUGAACUACAAGAUAACUAUAGAUGGGAUUUGAGUUACGAUUAUGUGGCUGACAAACAGGUGUCGUUUGGAACACGAGUACCAGGACAUGGUAAUAAAUGUGCGGGUGUCCUAGCUGGAAAACGCAAUAAUGGUUUAUGUGGUGUGGGAAUAGCUUAUGAAGCUAACAUUGCAGGCAUUCGUUUUUUUGAUGAUGUAAACGAAGCAACUGAUGCAACAGAAUCUGCAGCCUUGGUGCACAAGCUAGAAAUUAUUGGCAUAUACUCCAACAGCUGGGGACCUGAGGAUUCGGCACGGAUAAUAGAGGGUCCUGGACCGUUGACUAGUGCAGCCUUAGAAAAAGGCAUUAAAGAGGGUCGCGAUAAACAAGGUGCCAUCUACACGUUUGCAGCUGGAAAUGGCGGUACAGUAGGGGACGGCUGUGCAUACGAUGGUUAUGUGAACAGCAUUUACACCAUCGCCAUCAACGGUGUGAAUAAAGAUGGAUCCCGUCCCAGCUACGCAGAAGAAUGUCCUGCAAUCAUGGCCACCGCGUACAGUAGUGACAAAGGUGAAGGAAUUGUAACUGUUGAUAACGUAAAGGGUUGUGUCAAUGAUUUCGGAGCUACGUCAGCGGCUACUGCCAUUGCAUCAGGAAUGAUUGCACUGACCCUACAAGCAAACUCUAACUUGACUUGGCGUGACGUCCAACACAUCAUAGCCAACAGUGCAAGAGCAGCGCCUGGUGGAGUCUGGCUCAAACAAGGCCAUUGGCUGCAAAACAAGGCAGGGUUUAAUAUUAGCAAGGUUUAUGGCUUUGGGCUCAUGGACGCUAGCAUGAUGGUGAUGUUAGCAAGUAAAUGGAAGGAGGUGCCAGCGCAGAUAAAAUGCGAGAUCGAAGGCAGUGACAAAGACAUAAAAAUCCCUGGAAUGGUUUCAAUAGAAGUGAAAGAUUGUGCAAUUAAAUUUCUGGAGCACGUGCAGAUCAGAGUCAAUCUUAAUUUCUCUCGCCGUGGCGACUUGUCCCUGCAGUUGAGAGCAAUAAGUGACACAACAUCUCCAAUGACUCAAAAGCGGCGCAAAGACAACUUUAAAGAAUUCAGAAACUUGACUGACUGGAUUAUUACAUCUCUUUUUCACUGGGGAGAAGACCCGAUUGGCAUAUGGGAGCUAAAAAUUGAUGAUUUUGACAAGCGAUUUCCAAGUUCAGGUCAACUUCACAGCUGGUCCUUGAUAUUGUAUGGCACUUCUGUAAACCCCCUUAAAUCAGAACCGAGGAGCGAAAUAGAUUCGACACGUGCUAUACCUCCUGAGGAAUCCAAACUUUCGACGCGGCCAAUGGAAAUAGUCACCCCAACUGAACAACCCAAACUUUCGACGCAGCCAAUGGAAAUAGUCACCCCAACUGAACAACCCUUGUCAACAGACAAACCAACCAAAGCAUCAUGGUGGAAAAUUGUGAUUUCUGUUGUGAUACUGUUUGUUGGACAUUUGUCUCGUCGCAGCAAGGAACAGUGCAUUUCAAUGGUCAAGCGAAGAUCAGAAAACUAUAAGUCCGAGAGUCCGAACUGCAACGUUUCAUUCAUAUAUUAACCAUAAAGUAUUGGAAUGCGAAUAAUAAAGAGUACUUUCGAGGUUCCCCUCCCUCCCCCCGCACACUUUAUUUUUUCUGACCACCUCCAGUUACCCAGUGCCGAAAUGACCUAAACUUAGGCUACCGAGACCCCCAGCAAUUGAUACUGAAAUUUUUAGCAAUAAUUGCCCAAGUCAGAGACUUGGAAGCCCCGAAAAAAUUAAUUUCAACCUUUUACUUGGUUAAAAUUGUGGAGAAACAAAGAAUUGCAUGAGCCUAGGUUAGACGCUGUAGUAAUGCUUUCUUUAAUUUAUUUCAUAUGGCCGCAGUAUUUUCUUGAAAAGCCCAUGAUAUUUAAAGUACAUUGAAAGCACCAAUUUUGAAAAAUUUCAUAGGGUGCCUUGACGCAAAAUGUACUGUGAACACGUUAUAUCCGUAAAAAAGGCUUUUAAACUGCGUCAAACGUGGAUAUAGUUGUUAAUUAUGAAGAAAACUAGAAAUAAAUUACAUUUUAUUAACUUCUCUGAUGAUCAGAAA